AUGAGCAUUGUGAUUGAAUCUGAGUACCCAUGCCGUUGCUUUUCACUAGCUGAGAUACAAUCAACGACCAACAAUUUUAAUGAAGAAUUAGUCAUUGGGAUUGGCAGAUUUGGUAAGGUACAUAAGGGGUUCAUCAACAACGGUGCUACACCUGUUGCCAUAAAGCGGUUGAAUGCAGAGUCCAAUCAAGGCGCAGAGGAGUUCUGGAAUGAGGUCAAGAUGUUGUCUAAGCUCCGACACACUCAUCUUGUUGCUCUGAUCGGCCAAUGCAUCGACUGCCAAGAAAUGAUCCUUGUUUACGAAUAUAUGGCUCGUGGGACCCUAGCUGAUCAUUUCUAUAAAAGAAGUAGAAACCAAACUGAAAUUAGUACUUUUCAUCUCACAUGGGAGCGAAGACUCAACAUGUGCAUCAGUGCAACACGAGGGUUAGACUACCUUCAUACUGGUACCGAUCAAAAUUUCAUACACCAAGAUGUGAAGACCACAAAUACUCUGUUAAAUGGGAAAUGGGUAGUCAAGAUUUCAGAUUUUGGGCUAUCUAAGGGCACUGCGAGCCAUUCUGCAACCCACGUUAGUACGAGAGUUAAAGGUACAUUUGGAUAUUUCGAUCCGGAUUAUUUCUAUACCCAGAAACUAACCAAUAAAUUUUAUGUGUAUCCCUUUGGUGUGGUGUUGUUGGAAGUGCUCUAUGGGAGGCUGCUAGUGGAUAAAAGACUCAAGGAGGAGGAAAUUAGUUUAAUCCUUUGGGCUCAACGACACAUUAAAAAGGGAACAUUGAUCCCUCAUUGA